UCAUCUCUCACACUUUUGAGUUUACAUAAUACAAUAGCUUCUGUGAUAUCUAUCUGAUCAAUAGAGGGAUUGUUUCUGCAAACAAUCUUUGUGAUUAAUCAUGAGGAAGAGGGAGAGAGAGAACCCAUGUGGGGUUUGUGGGCAUUAUCACAAAUAUGAAGAAGGGGAAGUUUGUGGGAUUUGUGGACAUCGCAUCCCUGUUUCAUCCGAGAGACUGGGAUUUCAAACCAGUGCUUUCCCUUCUGAGAUCUGGCCGGACUUUCUAUACGUUGGUAGCUACGACAACGCAUCUCGAUUAGAACUUCUCAGGGCUCAAGGGAUAUCUCGUGUGCUCAACACUGUACCUGCUUGUCAAAAUCUAUACAAGAACUCCUUUACUUAUCACUGCCUCCCAGAUGACAAAAAUUUAGCCUUUGAUGAUGCUAUUCAAUUUUUAGAGCAAUGUGAAAAAGACAAGGCUCGUGUUCUAGUGCAUUGCAUGUUAGGAAAAAAUAGGUCACCAGCUAUUGCGAUAGCAUACUUGAUGAAGUGCAAAGGAUGGAGACUUGCACAGAGCCACCAAUGGGUGAAAGAACGGAGGCCAUCUGUUGUCUUGACUUCAGCUGUGUACCAGCAGUUGCAGGAGUAUGAGCAGAAGAUCUUUGGACCAAUUGAAAGCAAUCCAGCCUUACCAGUCUUCCCAUUGCCGGAGACACAGACACAGCCUUUUGUCUUCAAUUUCCCUAAAGCUAAUGAUCCAGUUCCAGCCCCUGUUUUCAACAUGCCUGCUGCAACCUCCCUUUUCGACCGUCCUGCCUUGAACAUUCCUCCUCAUGAAUUUACAUUUGGAGCUGGUCAGACUGAGAAGAAGAUGCUUGAUGUUGGUGUCAUCCCUCCAAAUGGGAAUGACACAUUGAUGGAUGGCUCGUGAUUUUUACUGGAGCUGUUGCAUCAAUGAAUUUUGGUAUGAAGUCAGAACUAUGAUGAACAAGUUUAUAUCCUGAUUUCUGGACAUUGAAGUGGAGAAAAG